AUGCCACGAUGCGCCGCCCGACACGUCAAGCUUGUGGCCGAAGCUGAACAACUCGUCCUGCCCUUCCUCGCCCCGAGAGUCUUCCAGCCCUGGCCGAACUCGCUGCCGCAGUCCGAGUCGACCUCCCGCUCUCACAAGAAGUCUUUCUCGACUACCUCUUGCGAACAUGCAAGGCAGUCCCGUGCGACCCGCCCCAAGCAUGAGAGUGCUCGUAGUCUCCUCGUCCAGCAAUGGUACGAAAGCGCCAUCGCUCCGCUGCACGAAGAUCUCAACCAUGACCACCAAGACCACCUGAAGCAUGAGAAGCAUGAGAAGCCAGCAGCAAACGCUGUACAAGAAAAGCACAGACUACGCCGUGCCGAUGUCCAGAAGGCUUUCUUCCAGCGCUGGUCUACCUCUCAGGCCCUUGUCAAGUCUCGCUGGACUGCCGCCAAGCGGCCUUCUACCUUGAGGAUGAAAUACGUCCCUCUAGGCAGACCUGUACGGCGGAAGCCCCGAGAUAAACCUGCCGAUGAUAAGACAGAGGAGCUGGUCUUCUCUGCCGAUGGUCACUCACUAUACUGGAGCCAUCAUUUUGCCAAACUGAAUGCCCGCCAUGAUACUCGUCUGAAGCACAACUUUACACCAAGGACAACGCCGAACCUCAAUUUCCGCUCACAGAAGUGGGCCACACAGAUACUGAACGCCAAAGAAUUCAAGGAUCAGGAAGAGCUGGCUCGGCUGCUUGGUGAUCAAUGGCGGAGGAAGUGGAUGCAUGCUUUGCUCUGGACAUUGGCUAAUUCUGUCGACGACGCUCUUCGCCUGCUGGAAGUUACCCAUGUCUCUCCGUAUAUGCCUGCUGCGUACGUUGCCGAUGCUUUGAGUUUCAUUGUUGGUCACUACCACAAGAAUUCUCUCUCCGACGAUACCCGCAAUCAUCUAGUCCAAGGCGCUUGUACCAUCAUGGAGCGCCCGGGCACCUCUCCACUCCAGAUCGGUGGCCAUACAUUCCGCAAGUUUUUGCAGUUCUGCUCCCAGGAUCAGGUCUUGAAACUCUUCGAACACAUCAGCAUUAGCGGAACACUCUUGCAUUGGAAUACUCGUUUACACUUUACCAGCUAUCUUGCUCACCAUGGACGAUUCGACCAGGCUCUAGAUACACUUUUGGACGCCGUCUCUGAUGGAGCUGAUGUUAGCUCCAAUCAAUUUGAGAGUUGUUGUGCUACCAUUCUCCGAAAGGCAGCUGACCAGCCUGACGGCCUCCGCGUUAGUCUUCGCUUGGUCCAGAACCUGUCUGAUAUCGGUGUCAAGCUUAACGUUCAGCUGUGCAACAUCGUCAUGCUCAACGCUGUCGAAGCCGGCGACCUUAAGACAGCUUUCAGUAUCUACCACUCUCUUGUCGAUAACGAUCUCAAGGCCGACGAGUAUACUCAUGCUAUUCUGCUCAAAGGUUGCAAAACUGCAAUCGAGGAUUCGGAAACUCUCAACACCACUAUCCGUCAAGCCAUCGCAGACGUCGAAGUACGAAAUCUCUAUGUUGUGGCUACUGAGAUCAUACAUUGUCUCUACCUACACCACUUCCAGAUCGAUCCCGAAAAUGCUUUCUCAAUAGUAUCUGAGGCUUACAGCCAGCUGUUUGACACAUCUGAUCUGAUCAAUCUCGGUAUCUUAUCGCAGAAAUACGCAAACAAGUCCUCGAACAGAAAGAAACCCACUUUGCCGGCUAUGGGCAUCAUGAUCGGAGCAUACCUUCGGCAUACUGUUCAAUCACAGAGUAGAAACAUGAGCCAUAUACACGAUCUAUAUCGACGAUGGCGCAAACUCGCCGAGCACAACGUUAGUCCCUACGUCUUUUUGGCUCAAAAAGACCACGUUUCCAAUGCAUUCUUGCUGGCCUUUGCUCAAGACCCUUCUGGUCUCGCUCACGCCGCCGAAGUCAUUCGAGACAUGCAAACACCCUUUUCACAUGCCCGUUCCCAGAGCAAGCCUACUGUACGCUCAUGGUCUAUCUUCUUGCACGCCUUUGCCAAACACGGCAAGAUGGAGCUAGCAGAACAGGUGCUUACCUAUAUGCGCGAGCGGAAACAAACACCCAACGAGGUCACUUGGAACUCAUUGCUGGGUGGGUAUGCAAAACUUGGCAAGGCUAAUGAGGCAGUUGAGACAUUCAUCCGCAUGCGCGAUGAAAAGUUCGAAGCUGACGAGGUGACGAAACGACAUCUCGGCAAGGUCAAUCUUAGUGCUGUGGAUCGCAGUAUUUGGGAAAGUGCAUCUAAGAAUAUGCAAGAAGUGCGGGUGGAUGAACUGCAACAGCAGAAGGGACCUCAGACACAAGAAGCAGCGACGACGCCACAUGAGGGAAACGAUAGAACCGGGGAUGACAGCACGAGUGAGCUUGUUGAGGGCGUGCGCGCAACGAGUGUAUGA